CUAAGCGGGCAAUUUAGUUGUUUGAGCUAUUUUUUGUUUUGCUAUAUAUAACUUUGUAAUAUAACAAAAUAAGUGUAUUUAUAAUGCCUUUUGCAGAUAUUAAGUGUAUUCGGGAAGUGAGCAGCGAAGACAGUAAUUUUACAGCUGAAAAUUUAAUAAAACAUACUGCAAAAAAGUGGAAAACACGAACUUGUGGCGAAAGAGUUGCGUAUGUUGUUCUCGAACUAAGUGAGCCGCAAAUAAUUACAGGUAUUGAUAUUGGAAAUGAACAUUCUGCUUUCAUAGAGGUAUUGGUCAGCAAAACUUGUUGCAGCACAAAUAAUUUUACUGAAAUUUUGGUGACUUGCUCGUUUAUGACUCUAAUAGAGAGUAAGAAUUCCACAAAUGUCAAUCGAGUUCGUUGUUUUAGUAGAGACGCAUUAGUACCCACGGCAACAUCUGAAAAGUGGCAGUUUAUUAAAGUGAUUUGUAGUCAACCUUUCAACAAACACGUACAAUAUGGGAUAUCGUUUAUUAAAUUACAUAUCGAUUCCGAUCCACAUAAGAAAAUUACUCCUCUUGAACAUAAGAAAUCAAUAACCGGAAAUGAUUUGGCUAACGUCUCUGAGCCACUAAAUAAUUCCCAACUGGGUAAAUUUAGAAUGCGGGAAGAGUCUCCAGAAUCUGACUCAGAAAGUUCUACAUCGCUAUUUAAAAGAUGGAAAGCUUCUGAAAUGAAUAAUGAUUCAAAAAGUUCUCCAAUAGAAAAGAAAAGUGUAAAAGCGAAAGAACCAGUAAAUAAAAAUUUGGCUAUUUGCUUAGACCGUAAUCGAAAAGAACUUGGUUUCGGCAGCGAAGAAACGAGUGGUGGUGAAAUACUUUCAAUUAAAAAACAAAGAUUAUUGGAAACUAUAGAGAUUGAACGUCAGCAACUGCAAGCUAAAACUGAAAAAUCCAAAGUUUGCAGCGACAGUAAGAAACCAAAUAAACAUUCUUCCAUGGCAAAUAAAAGGCACGAAAAUGUCGAGGAUAAAGCAAUAACGAGACUCGACAACAAAAGUUAUGAUAUAGUCAAAAAGCAAAGUGAGAAACAUAUAAUCUUUCGUCCAUUCAAUGAGCUUCUAAAAGGCACUGUUUUAGUAAUCAGUGGAAUACAAAAUCCCGAUCGUUCAGAUAUUCGGGAUAAAGCUUUGUCAAUGGGAGCAAAAUAUAGAGCUGAUUGGGGAACUGAUUGUACGCAUUUAAUAUGUGCUUUCAAGAAUACACCAAAAUAUAACCAGGUGAGGGGAAAGGGUAAAAUAGUAACACGUGCUUGGAUAGAAGACUGCUACAAACAAAAAAAAUGCUUGCAUUGGCGAAGAUAUGCUUUGGAUAGCAGUGAUCUUAAUCAGCCCCACAGUGAGGAAGAGGUGCUAGAUGAAUCGUUAAGGCCUAUUGAAUCAUCGGUUAACAACACUAUAUCCAAGGAACCUGACUUAAAAGUCCCAACAUACAAUCUCCCUAAUAGAUCUAUAAAUGAUGCAGUUUCAUCAGGCAGUGACACAGAUGAUGAUAUUCAACGCGUUUUACAGAGUAAUACUCAUAAACCUAAUAUUGCAAAUGAAACAAAAAUAUCCAGAAAAAAAGGAGAUUUUGAUGUGUCUACAGAAGAAGAAGAUUUUUUGGACGUGAAGGCAAAUUUGAUACGAAAAGCGAAGCUUAAAUAACAA